AUGUGGGAUAGGACAUCCAGUUGCAUUAGAGAAGCAGCUAGAGAGGUUCUAGGAGUCUCAAGAGGUCGUCGUGGUGGGCACCGAGGGGAUUGGUGGUGGAAUGGGGAAGUCCAAGGUAAAGUGAAAGCAAAGAAGCAGGCAUAUGCGAAGCUGGUAGAUAGCAAGGAUAAUGAAGAUAAGCGGACGAAUAGGGAAAAGUAUAAGAUGGCGAGAAAGGAGGCGAAUUUGGAAGUGUCAGCAGCGAAAACGGCGACGUUUGAACGCCUUUAUGCAGAACUAGAGGACAGAGGUGGGGAUAAGAAGUUAUUCAGGCUUGCCAAGGCCAGAGAGAGGAAGGCACGCGACCUGAGUAUAAAGGUCGACGAGGUUAAGGGUGCUGUCUGUAGGAUGUGCAGGGGAAGAGCAACCGGACCUGACGAGAUUCCUGUGGAAUUUUGGAAGAGUGCAGGAAGGGCAGGCUUGGAGUGGCUGACUGGGUUGUUUAAUGUUAUUUUCAAGAUGGAAAAGAUGCCCGAAGAAUGGAAGUGGAGUACAAGGAUCCCUUUGUACAAGAAUAAGGGCGACAUUCAAAGCUGUAACAAGGUAUCAAGCUGCUAA